AUGUCGACAUCCUCUAGCCAAACCCCAAUAGACAUAAAUCUCAACCACCUCGAAGGUAACUGCCUCCGUCACUCGGAACUUCCAGAUCCCGCUGAAGCCAUCGUCGCCGCUCGCUUCAACCACGGUUUCGACCCAGACUUACCCAUUGUACCCCUAUGCAUGCACUCCCAAGACAAGGAUGUGAACAAGACGCCAACGGAACUCAGUAGAGAUGAAACCAGCAAGGGAUCCAGCUUUCAUUCCGAGGGGCUAGAAUGGAAUAAAGAUGGGGAGGUAAGUUGGGCGGUACUCUCGAGAUGGUGCCCAGCGUGCAGCAAAGAGUACGAGGAAGAUUUAAAUAAGGGUGAUUCGCGCAUAUUGUACAUCACGGCUAUGCUGCGUCGACACUGGAUAAUGGUAGGAGAUGAGAAUAGAACCCCACGGGGAGGAGCGGAAGCAAUGGAAGUAAUCAGACAAGCCAGAACGAGAUUUGACAGCCAAGACUACGAUGAAUUGCGAAUCUACAAUAUUGCCACAAAAGAGCUUUCAUACAUGAACAAAUUGGAGAGAGCGCUAGGCGAACACAUGACGGUAAACAAGGAGUCCAUGGUGAGAGCACAAGAAAGAAUUGUAGCAUUUGUUUCGGAACAACAAUCGAAGAUCGAUCCUGGCCAAGCUUACGAGUCGGCCUACGCCUCGAAUAGAGAUCCGGAAAACUACCUGAUGUACGGCCCAGCUAACUACCCGGCUUCCAACCCCCCUUCGACGCCAACCUCCGUAUCCGCAGAAAAAUGCCCCUCAACGUCCAUCGGAGAACGGCGGUCACAACCCAGCAGCCUCCAUAGCAGUCGUAAUUCUCACAGAUCUACGCUCGAAGAGAGACAGUCCAGAGAAGCUCGCAGCAAUAAGAGUGGAAAAGCUCACAGUCAACCCAUGCGUGCCCAAAGCGCAUCCGAAAUAACUCGCAGCCAUAGCAGUACGAGAGCUUGCCGUCGAUUUGAAUCUGACCUCGAGCAUUGCAGAGCAUCUCGUACCAAGAGUAGCGUACGAUCUUUUAGUCCAUCCAACUUUUAA